AUUUUCUUCGUAUUCGUUUUAUUUACUUUCAGCAAGCAAGUCGGCUAGACCUAAACACAGCACGGUCCGGUUAGAAUUGUUAAUGCACUCGUUUUUUCGGCGUUGCACAUUAUUUUUUACUAAUAAUACUGUACACGUUUAUCCUCACAUUAACAAAAUGUCUGUAGACAUCGCAGCAAUCGGUGCUCAGAAAGUUAAAGGAAUUCCAAGCGGGGAAUCCGUGGAGUUGAAGAGUUUCUGGCAGGACCAGAACACAGUGAUCAUUUUCUUCAGACGCUGGGGCUGCGUGUUCUGCCGGCUCUGGGCUAAAGAACUGGCUCCAAUAGCCCCAAUUCUGAAGGAGCAUGACAUCAAGCUGAUUGGAGUGGGGGUGGAGGAGGUGGGAUCCAAGGAGUUCGUCGAUGGGAACUUCUUUGAUGGAGACUUGUACUACGUGGAAGAUCUUUCGACCUAUCGUAACCUGGGCUUCAAGCGUUUCAACACAGUCAGCAUUUUAACCUCGCUCUUGUGGAAGCAGUCGAGAGAGGCCAUCUCGAAGGGGAAGAGCAUGGAUCUUGGCGGGGAUCUGAAGGGGGAUUGGGUGCAAACUGGAGGGGCGCUGUUGGUCAAAAAGGGGGGUGAAGUGGUGAAGCAUUUCGUUCAGACCGGGCCGGCGGAGCAUUAUCCUAAUAAGGAUAUUUUGCAGGCGUUUGGUUUGGAACAUGAGUACAAUCCAGAGACCAUGGCGAACAAGAAACCAGACGAGAAUGCUUGCCCGACAGAGGAGAAAUCUUAACUUCUGGCAGAAGCUACACUCCAUAUGGGCGGAGCGUCGUUGUAAGCAAAGGAUAAAUUUAACACUAUAGUUACACAUAUUGGUUAGUACUAAAAAUAUGCAAUCUAUCACAUAGUUCGGAAUUUUCACAAAAUACAUUCUAUUAAAGAAUAUAACACUCAAAUUAGCAGUCGAUUACGCUUAAAGUUAUGCAUUCGCAGUAGUUUUAUUUUUUGACAAACAGAAUAAAUAUUUUUGAUGGUAAAGAAAUGACAAUUGCCAAAGAAUGAAAUUGUAAUGUCGUAUAGCGAUACAUAGAAAUGUUAAAACAGCAGUUUGACUACGACAUAUAUAAUAACAACGUUUUGAAUUAUUAUAUUUUUAUAUUUCGUAGGCUGAAAUAAAAAUGUAUAAUUAAAAAAAAAAAGAAGAAUAAGGCUAUGUGAAAUAGAUUUUUUUAAGGCUAACCUCAGAGGUGAUUGGGAUUUGGGACAUAUUGGGUCAAAAAUAUUGCUUUACUAAAAUGAUUGAAGGGCUAUGAGUAAAAUUUGGUGAUUGUAUGAAAAAUGUUUAGAUUUAUAAUUGUCUAAAUACUUAAGGAUUAAAAUUAUUAAAGGCUUCUUCCUCGUGUUAUCCCAGCAUUUUGCCACGGCUCAUGGGAGCCUGGGGUCCGCUUGAAAUAUUAUUGAAGACUGUGGGAAAAAUAUUAAAUUAAGGUUAUAAGAAAAAUAUACAUAUAUGACGUUCCGCGGCAAAAGGUACCUUAUGGCGGCCGGCGCUUACGUCGCAUAGCGCCGCAAUAAUAUUGGAGCGACGUUAAUAAUAGCGUAAGCGCCAACCGCCAUAAGGUACCUUUGCCCGUGGGACGUCACAUAUAUAAGGUUUAUGUCACGGAAUUAAGAGUGUACUUUUAAUCACAUUUUUUGCCUCCAUCGUUGUGGGCUUUAAAGUAAAGGAUAUCAUAUAAAAUAAAAAAUUGUAUGUUAAUUUUACGAACUGGUUAAACCUAAAACAAGUUCUGAAAUAAAAAGUCGGUUGAAAAAAUUCGUAUCGCUGUUAAAAAUAUGCUAAAAUUUGUAUGUAUGAUGUGUUAAGAAUUAAAUAAUUGUUAAAAUAUAUCAUGACAAAAAUGUAUAUUUUGUUUUAAAAAUAAAACGAAUUGAAAUAACA